AUGGAGCUUGACGAGGAACCAACGGCGGAGCCCGACACUCCGGUCAACCAGAGACUGCAUUACCUCGAUUAUCUCCUCCGCAAGGUGCACCCUACCAACCAAACAGAGGCUCGACAGCUCGCAUGCCGCGCUAAGUCCUUUGUCAUCGUCGAAGGGGAGCUUUACAAGAGAAGCCACACUAGGAUCCUGCAGUGCUGCAUUUCGAUCAAGCAAGGUAACCAGCUACUGAAAGACAUCCAUAGUGGGGUCUGCGGGCACCACGCCGCGCCGAGAACCCUGGAUGGGAACACUUUCCGCCAGGGAUUUUACUGGCCGACGGCGGUCGUCGACGCCGAACGGAUCAUGCGCACCUGCGAAGGGGAAUACUAUGCUCGGCGGACCCACCUGCCGGCUCAAGUGUUCUAG